AGAGCCCUCUACAGGGAUGUCAUGCAGGAGAACUACGAGACAGUGACCUCGCUGGGAUUUCCCCUUCCCAAACCUGGCCUGAUCACCCGGCUGGAACGAGGGGAAGAGCCGUGGGUGCCCGAUCUCCAGGCCUGUGAGGAAAGAGAGAUCCCAAGAGGUGCCCACACAGCAGGUGAUGAGAGAGUGAGUGAGAAGAAGGAGGGGAAUCAACAGCAGGAAAUUCCUGGGCACGGGGAACCACAGGGGAUUUUUGUGGGAAGAGCUGAAGGGAAUUUUUCCCAGUGCUUGGCACAGGGAGAAGCCUGGGGAAAUUGGCAGAGGUCAAAGAGGCUGCUGGGAAACCACUCAAGGGAGCAACUGGAUGGAUCUAUUAUAUGUGGGGAAGGACACAGGGAUCCCACAGCCGGGCAGACAACCCCCAAGGAAGACAAACGCUAUGAAUGCCUCGGUUAUGGGAAAGGAUUCAUUCUGAGACCGGCGCUUCUUACGCUUCAGGCAAUAAAUACUGGAGAGAAAACACUUCAAUGCUUGGACUGUGGGGAAAACCUCAAUAAGCGCUCAGAUCUUACUAAUCAUGGGAGAAGCCACACGGGAGAGAAACCCUCUGGGUGCCUUGAGAGCAGGAAUUGUUUGAAUUGGAAGUCAGCACUGAUUACACAUCAGCUAAUCCACACAGGAGAGAGACCCCACAAGUGCUUAGACUGUGGGAAAAAAUUCGUACGGAGGUCAGGCCUAAUUAAACAUCAGAAAAUCCACACAGGAGAGAGACCCCAUCAGUGUUUAGAUUGUGGGAAAAGUUUCAUACAGAGGUCAGACCUUGUUAAACAUCAAGCAGUCCACACCGGAGAGAGACCCCAUAAGUGCUUAGACUGUGGAAAAAGUUUCACACAAAGGCCAACCCUUCUUAAACAUCAGGUAAUCCACACAGGAGAGAGACCCUAUAAGUGCUUGGACUGUGGGAAAAGUUUCACAUGGCGAUCAGCCCUGGUUACACAUCAAAGAAUACACACGGGAGAGAGACCCCAUAAGUGCUUAGACUGUGGGAAAAGUUUCAUACAGAGGUCAAACCUACUUAAUCAUCAGUCAAUCCACGCUGGAGAGAGACCUCAUAAGUGCUUAGACUGUGGAAAAAGUUUCACAGAAAGGCCAACCCUUCUUAAACAUCAGCUAAUGCACACAGGAGAGAGCCCCCAUAAGUGCUUAGACUGUGGGAAAAAAUUUGUACGGAGGUCAGGCCUAAUUAAACAUCAGAAAAUCCACACAGGAGAGAGACCCCAUCAGUGUUUAGACUGUGCGAAAACUUUCAUACACAGGUCAGACCUUGUUAAACAUCAAGCAGUCCACACCGGAGAGAGACCCCAUAAGUGCUUAGACUGUGGAAAAAGUUUCACAGAAAGGCCAUCCCUUCUUAAACAUCAGCUAAUCCACACAGGAGAGAGCCCCCAUAAGUGCUUGGACUGUGGGAAAAGUUUCACAUGGCGAUCAGCCCUGGUGACACAUCAGAGAAUACACACGGGAGAGAGACCCCAUAAGUGCUUAGACUGUGGAAAAAGUUUCACAGAAAGGUCAACCCUUCUUAAACAUCAGGUAGUCCACACAGGAGAGAGACCCCAUAAGUGCUUGGACUGUGGGAAAAGUUUCACAUGGAGAUCAGCCCUGGUUACACAUCAGAGAAUACACACAGGAGAGAGCCCCCACAAGUGCUUAGACUGUGGGAAAAAAUUUGUACGGAGGUCAGGCCUAAUUAAACAUCAGAAAAUCCACACAGGAGAGAGACCCCAUAAGUGCUUAGACUGUGGGAAAAGUUUCAUACAGAGGUCAAACCUACUUAAUCAUCAGGCAACCCACACAGGAGAGAGACCUCAUAAGUGCUUAGACUGUGGAAAAAGUUUCACAGAAAGGCCAACGCUUCUUAAACAUCAGAUAAUCCACACAGGAGAGAGACCCCAUAAGUGCUUAGAAUGUGUGAAAAGUUUCAUACAGAGGUCAGACCUUGUUAAACAUCCAGCAGUCCACACCGGAGAGAAACCCCAAAAGUGCUUAGACUGUGGAAAAAGUUUCACAGAAAGGCCAACCCUUCUUAGACAUCAGGUAAUCCACACAGGAGAGAGACCCCAUAAGUGCUUGGACUGUGGGAAAAGUUUCACAUGGCGAUCUGCCCUGGUUACACAUCAGAGAAUACACACGGGAGAGAGACCCCAUAAGUGCUUAGACUGUGGGAAAAGUUUCACAGAAAGGUCAACCCUUCUUAAACAUCAGGUAAUCCACACAGGAGAGAGACCCCAUAAGUGCUUGGACUGUGGGAAAAGUUUCACAUGGAGAUCAGCCCUGGUUACACAUCAGAGAUUACACACAGGAGAGAGACCCCAUAAGUGCUUAGACUGUGGAAAAAGUUUCACAGAAAGGCCAUCCCUUCUUAAACAUCAGGCAAUCCACACAGGAGAGAGACCCCACAAGUGCUUAGACUGUGGGAAAAAAUUUGUAUGGAGGUCAGGCCUAAUUAAACACCGGAAAAUCCACACAGGAGAGAGACCCCAUAAGUGCUUAGAAUGUGGGAAAAGUUUCAUACAGAGGUCAGACCUUGUUAAACAUCAAGCAGUCCACACCGGAGAGAAACCCCAUAAGUGCUUAGACUGUGGAAAAAGUUUCACAGAAAGGCCAACCCUUCUUAAACAUCAGCUAAUCCACACAGGAGAGAGACCCCAUAAGUGCUUGGACUGUGGGAAAAGUUUCACAUGGAAAUCAGCCCUGGUGACACAUCAGAGAAUACACACGGGAGAGAGACCCCACAAGUGCUUAGACUGUGGGAAAAAAUUUGUACGGAGGUCAGGCCUAAUUAAACAUCACAAAAUCCACACAGGAGAGAGACCCCAUAAGUGCUUAGAAUGUGGGAAAAGUUUCAUACAGAGGUCAGACCUUGUUAAACAUCAAGCAAUCCGCACCGGAGAGAAACCCCAUAAGUGCUUAUGUUUAUAAUGUUAUAUACGCUUAUAAUGUUUUUCUGUGUUUUCAUAUCUAUUGAUUUCUCUCACAACAAAGAAUAGAAAGUGUACAGUGCUCACUUUAUAUUAUUUUUGAUUUCAAAUAUUUGUACUGUAAACAUGCAAAACAAAAAUAGCAUUUUUCAGUUCCCCUCAUACAAGUGCUGUCGUGCAAUCUCUUUAUCAGGAAAGUGUAACUUAGAAACAUAGAUGAUUUUAAUUAUAUAAGUGCACUGAAAAAUAAAGCAAUUAAAAACUUCAGAGCCUAGAAGUCCACUCAGUGCUACUUCUUUUUCUGCCACUCGCUAAGACAAACAAGUUUGUUUACAUUUACGGAAGCGACUGCUGCCUGCUUCUAAUUUAUGAUGUCACCGGAAAGUGUGAGAAGGCGUUCCCAUGGCCUGUUUGUAGCUGGCAGCGCAGGUAUUUAAGUGCAAGAUAUGCUAAACAUGCCUGUGUCCCUUCAUGCUUCGGCCACCAUUCCAGUGGAGGAUGCUCAUUUAAAAAAAAUAA